UACUUCCGCUUUUUUCAAAUAGAAAUAACGAUAUCAGGAUUGUGAUCAUUCUUUCAGUAUAAUUAAGAGUCUUGCUACUUUAUGUUUAAGCUAAACUGUGACUUAAUACUUAAGUAAAACACAUUCGAAAAUUUUAUUAUUAUAAUUCAUCUUUAACUUAUUAUACAAAGGACAUAUACAAAGACACUUUCAAAUGUAAACUCAAGAUAUAACCAACACAAAAGAAAAAUAAUAAAAGUAGCCUUGUUUAGCGAUGUGUUAAAUAUAAAUAGUUGAGGGAAUUGCUAUAAGUGGAUCAAAUUAAUAUCGAUAUGUAUAUUAUUCCCAUUUUCUAGAUAGUUUUACACAUAUGAGUACUGGAUAAUGUUGUUGAAGGAAACGUCAGGAUUUCUACUAGUACUGUUCGUUGAUAUGGUAUUUUCUAAAUGUUCUGUUGGCUGCCAAUCGUGUUCUAGGUCAAUUUGCACAAGUUGCGAACCAGCUUACUUUUUAUCAAAUGGCUUUUGUUCACCAUGCCCCGAAAAUUGUCAAAGCUGUAACAGUUGGGAUUAUUGUACUUCAUGUAAGCAAAAUAUGUAUGGUUUGCACGCAAGAUGUACUUUCAACUGUGAUGGUAAGUGUCUAAAUAAUGAAUGUCAAGAUGAUACUGGAUAUUGUACGCAAUGUAGACCUGGUUUCUAUGGACUUCAAUGUCAACACAAUUGUAGUUUAUGUGAAAAUAAACGUUGUGAUUUACGUACCUGCUCCAGUAAUUGCGGAGCUGGAUAUUAUAAUUCUUACCUCGGUGUCGAAAUAAUAUGUCAAACUUGUCCAUCAAAUUGUAAACAUUGUACGGAUGGGAAGACAUGUUAUAUUUGCAAUGAUGGUUAUCAUCUUUAUGCAUUUAAUGGCAAUGUUCACUGUGUGUCGUGUCAGCAAGAAUCGCAAUGUUCGGACUAUUGUGUCAUUCAAGGUUGUUACCAGUGUCAAAUACACAAUAAUGCAUUGGUUUGCGCAAAUUGUCCAGAAGGACAUAUAUUCAAUGGUAGCACGUGUGAAAACAACACAAUCCCAUGUUCAAAUCAAUGUUCUAACUCUUGUGAUAGUGCUGGAGUAUGUAUAGGGGAGUGUUAUAAUGGCUGGAGUGGUGAAAAAUGUUCCGAGAAUUGUGACAGCAAAUGCUUAAAAUGCUCAAAAGGUAACAGAAAUAAUUGUCUUCUCUGUAAAGAUAAUUUUUACUCAACCGACUGCAGUUUAGCAUGCAACCCGUCAUGCAUAGUAAAAAGUGGUUAUCAAACGUGUGAACAUGCAAGCGGAUAUUGUUUAAACGGAUGUAAGGAAACAUUUUGGGGCGAUAACUGUGGUAAACCUUGUCCUGAUGGAUGUAAGGAUCUUAAAUGUGAUAGAAACAAUGGCACAUGUACGGAUGGAUGUAAGGAUGGACUAAGUGGAGAUAAAUGUACUCAAACUACCACAAUCGAGAUAACAACUAGUCAAACAAGAGCAAGUUCACACCAAACUUUAACGGAGGGUACACAGAUGGCAGUACAGGAAAAGAAAGAAAGCAACGAACUAAUCAUAGGAGCAUCAGCAGGAGGAGGCGUUCUAAUCUUGAUACUGAUCAUAGUGGUAGUUUUUGUCUUAAAACGAAGAAAGAAAUCGCCAAGAGAAGAAUCCGAUCAACAUGAGGUAGUUGUUGCAGAAGAUCAUAAUGUGUAUUCAAAACCAACGAAAAACUCGGCAGCAGUUGAAGAAAUUCAGGAUUACAUAUAUGCUCAACCUAACAAACCACGCAAGCCCAAGAAACAAAGUACGCGGGAAAUUAGCAAACCAAAGACAAUGUAUGAUAAUUUUGCUAUAGAUUUAGAUGAUAAAACAACUGUCUCAGAUGGUGCCUAUGCGACUAUUACUAUUGAUAGAGAUCCUGAAAACAAAACAGAAGAAGAAACCGAUGUUGAUGAAAUAGAGUUAGAGGAAUUAGAUGAAGGAAAUUCUAAACUUAUCAAAAUAGAAGUAAAUCCACCAAGUGUUGAUUUAUAUUACAAUACAGCGAGUUUGGUUCGAAGCCGGAUUCAAAUAUCUGACCUACUGGAAUACGUCAGGAAGAAGACUGAUUAUGAAGAUGAGUUUGAGAAACUACCUAAAGGUUUGACAAGGCCUUGUGACGAAGCUCUCACUCGGACUAACCGCAAGAAAAACAGAUAUAACGGAGUGUAUGCAUAUGAUGCGACUCGUGUUGUUUUACAAAGUAAAACCUAUAUCAACGCAAACUAUAUUGAUGGACACAAGAAGUAUCCAGAGUACAUAGCCUCUCUCGGACCAACUAAAGAUACAAUGAAUGGCUAUAAAGACUUUUGGGAGAUGAUAUGGGAAGAAAAAACAGAUAAAAUUAUUAUGUUGACCAAUCUAGAUGAGUCUGGGAAAAUGAAAUGUGAGCAGUAUUGGCCAGAUCAAGGGAAAACAAAGAAUUACCAUGGAUACAAAGUGGUGUGCAUUGCUGAGAAAAUAUUUUCUGAAUUCACUUCAAGGGAGUUUUCUGUUAAUGUGCAGGGUUCUGGAUCGAGGAAAGUGACACAAUAUCACUAUACCGCCUGGCCCGACCGAUCAGUUCCAGAUAAUGUUGCCUCUCUGAUAGAGUUUAGAAACAAAGUUGAACAAACAAAGUCAAACGAUGCUGGCCCUAUAGUGGUACACUGCAGUGCAGGAAUUUGUAGAACUGGAACCUAUAUCGCAUUAGAUACACUUAUACAGGAAGGCAUGAAUGACAUUUGUGUUGACAUUUUUGGUCGUGUGAUGGCACUACGUGGACAAAGAGGUCACAUGGUCCAAAACCUGGAACAGUACAUAUUUCUUCACCGAUGCCUUCUGUAUGCCCUCACGUGCGAUCCCGAUCCACUUCCGGUCACACAUAUUCCUCGCAUCAUGACAGACGAUAAAAUAUCACAUCAAUUUCAGACAUUUACUGAUGUUGUUAUGCCGAAAGACUUUGAUAGAAAAUCAUCUGCUAACAAGAAAGUAAGGAAGGAAAAUAGACACGGAUCUGACAUUCCUGGCGAUGAUUACAGAGUGAGACUGUCAUCAACAAAGCAUGACUACAUCAAUGCUGUUUAUGUUAAUGGAUAUGAAAAUCCAAACAAAUUCAUUGCAUCACAGACGCCAAUGCCAAAUACAGUUGAAGACUUUAUAUCGAUGCUUUUUCAAGAAAAAUGUGCUUGUGUUAUUAAUUUGGACGACGAAAACCUAAAAGAUAAAUCUAUCGGACAUUAUCUACCGCAAGAUGGAAAGGUGUUCAAAGUUGGACAUUUCCAAGUAACUUGUAAGACGGUUGACACAACGGAUUAUGGUACAAUACGGGACAUGACAAUAUCGCGCACUGGAUUGCACCUUUCUGGAGGAGAGCUGCAUUUGAAACAUUACCAGUAUAACGGAUGGAAUCAGUCAGAAAACGUCCCAUCUAUGGUUGAGCCGUUUUUAGAGCUGGCCAAGGAUGUUGAGGAUGAGAUCAAAGGUCAAAGAGUAGAUAGACCAAUCGUAGUUCAUUGCUUGACUGGAGCUGAACGAAGCUGUUUAUUUUGUGCUGUCUCUGUUAUAUCAGAAAAGUGUUUCUUUGAGAAUGAAAUUAGUGUCCUGAAUACCAUUUGCCAACUGCGUUCAAGGAGGAAGUCAGCUUUUACCGACAUUGUAAGUAAUAAAUUAACUACCCUCAUAAAAGGCAUUGUGAAUUAG